AUGACAGCCAUGGUGCAAUGGCAGGUCAACAGGCAGUUCAAGAAGGACCGUGAGGCUGCUAUAGCCAGAAUUCCAAAUCCGAAUGCUGUAGUCCAGCAGCUAGACCUUCCCUAUAGUCCCCCACCAGGAUUGGCAUGGCCAUAUCAAGAGAAUCCUCUUAUUGCAUAG